CCCGUGAAGUGCUUCACGCGCGUUUCGGGAUCAGCCAGCGUACAACCAGAGCUCGAGUGGAGAUUGCCGCGACAGAUUCGGUCCAGUGGAGGCAUCCGUCGAACCGAUGCCGGGAGGACUGCAUCGACCCACCGGCCAGGGAGACCCGUAGAAACGGCUGGGCCCGAGCGUUCCUAACCAGUUCGUGAGGCUGCCCUAUCAUGUCACGCAUAAUCUCGGGGUGGACCGUCGUGCCGGUUGGUGACCGGGGCGUGGGGUCCCGGCGGCCACUCCCGGGAGGGUGCGGGGGCCCUUCCGUCCGGCAGUUACUCGGGAAAACGUGCCUCCAUAUAUUUGCCUGUCUUUGUCGCGACUAACUCCACUCGAUUCACGUCUCUCAACUUUUUUCUCAUGAUGGCAGCCCGUAAAAUAAAGUUUGGUUGUACAGCGGUGCACACCCCCACGCCUUCCGCGCUGUUUGAGGUUGAGUUCUGUAAUAUACGCGGACUCCACUCUAACCUCAAUGCUGUCCACCACCAUCUUGAGACAGCACGGCCAGCACUAUUGUUUCUCACGGAGACACAAAUACUUCCGCCCGCUGACACAGGCUACCUUAAAUAUCCCGGCUACGCGCUUGAAGAAUCCUUCAAAGCAAAAGCCGGCGUAUGCCUGUAUGUUCGGGCGGAUGUUUGUUGUCGCCGUUUGAGCUGCCUGGAAGACCCCUCCUUUUCCAUGUUGGCGGUACAUGUAGACUCUGGUCCUUUGGCCAGAGUCUACGUGUGCCUCUACAGAUCUCACACCGGCGACGCUGAGACAACUCGGCUGUUUGACCACCUCAGUAGGGUAGCAGAUGAUGCCCAGGCGCAAUUUCCCAACGCAGAACUGGUGUUUUUGGGAGACUUUAACGCCCACCACGGUUUGUGGCUUGGCUCUUCCAAAACUGACCAUGCAGGGAUCUCUGCCCAUGCAUUCGCUCUCACGCACGACCUGACACAACUGGUUGAUCAGCCCACCAGGAUCCCAGAUAUAGCAAGUCAAGCGCCUUCUUUACUAGACCUUCUGCUUACGACCCAUCCGCAGGAGUAUCAGAUUGUGGUUCGAGCCCCACUGGAUUCAUCAGACCAUUGCCUGAUAUCUGUCAAGGUGCCACAGGCCAAAACCCCUCGACCAUUGGUGGUCAAACGCAGGGUCUGGCACUAUGGGUCGGCAGAUUGGGAUGGUAUGCGCGAUUACUUUGCGUCUGUCCCUUGGAAGCAGCGCUGCUUCAAUGAGAAGGACCUAUCAUCCAGUGCCGUUGCCAUUACUGAGGAGAUCGUAAUGGGAAUGGAGUAUUACAUUCCACAUUCUGAUCUCAUCAGUAAGGGCACACGUAACCGCUGGUUCAAUCGCGAUUGUGCCGAUGCUGUUUCUCGUAAGCAGGCGGCAUAUCGCGCUUGGAUCAGAGGCCGCGCUCUUAAGGAUCCCGGGGUUAACUCAUUGAAAGCUGCCUAUAAUAGUGCUUCCAAGUCUUCGGAUGCCCAACGUGUAGCACGUACUGGCCACGAAUUGUUAACGCACCCUACGGGCUCCCGUAGUUUCUGGCGUUUGGCUAAGGCCGUGCAACACAACUUUUGCCAGCCCUCGCUGCCACCUCUGCGAUGUCCAGAUGGGUCACUAGCUCAUGAGCCGCAAGAGAAAGCCGAUUUGUUGGCAAAGCUCUUUGCGGCUAACUCCCGAAUCAGUGAUUGCAAUGCACUGCCACCUACACUACCUCAUUGUGGCACUACGAUGCCUGACAUUAAAAUCAGGCAGCGUGAUGUUCGUGCGGAAUUGCAAUCACUCGACGUCCGGAAAGCUAGUGGACCCGAUGGCAUCCCAGCAGUUGUUCUAAAACAUUGUGCAGCGGAGUUGUCUCCCGUGCUUACGCGACUGUACCAACUCUCUUACUCUUUGGGGCGUGUGCCGGAAGCUUGGAGAGACGCCAAUGUGCAACCGGUGCCCAAAAAAGGGGACCGCUCAGACCCGGCCAACUAUCGGCCGAUAGCUGUCACCUCAGUGUUGUGUAAAGUCUUAGAAAGGGUCCUUAACAACCAUCUGACCCGCUACCUAGAAGAUUACUCUCUAAUUCACGAUCGUCAAUACGGAUUUAGGCCGAAUCGAUCGACGGGUGACCUUCUAGCGUACGUGACACACAUCUGGGGUGAAGCUAUAGACAAGCGGGGAGAGUCUCUGGCUAUUAGCCUUGACAUCGCCAAGGCUUUUGACAGGGUCUGGCACAAGAGCCUUCUCUCCAAGCUUCCUGCAUACGGUCUGCCUGCUCAGCUCUGCGCCUGGGUGGCUGACUUCCUGCAUGAGCGUAGAAUUCGCGUCCUUACGGACGGAUGUAGUUCGCAGUUCAUGUCAGUGAAUGCCGGUGUUCCUCAGGGUUCCGUUCUAUCCCCCACACUCUUUCUGCUGCAUAUCAAUGAUUUGAUUCCACUUGCGAAUAUUCAUUGCUAUGCAGACGAUAGCACAGUGCAUGCGAGAUACUUUGGACACGCGGCGGCUGGACAGGUAGAAACCAUGGAGAAACGGGAGAAUCUUGUCGUUGAGCUCAAUAGGGCUUUAGACCACAUUUCCGAAUGGGGUACUAGGAACUUGGUUGAGUUCAAUGCCAAGAAAACUCAGGCUUGCGCUUUCACGGCAAAAACAUCGCCAUUCCUUCCCCUUCCCUCUCUUCAGGGCACAACACUGGCGCUACAGAGCAAUAUUACCAUGCUCGGUAUGGAAGUGCGGCGUUUUUUCACGCCCGAUCAACUGUGCUUGUUGUACAAAACCCAAGUGCGGUCCUGCGUGGAAUAUUGCUCGCACCUCUGGGAUGGCUCCGCAAAGUACUUACUCGAUGCCUUGGAUAGGUUGCAGCGGCGCGCUGCCCGCAUCAUUGGCGAUGAAGAGGCAACUAAGAAACUCGAGUCUCUACAAUUACGCCGUGAUGUGGCAUCAUUAAGCGCAUUCUACCGAAUAUACCACGGCGAGUGUUCUGAGGAGCUAUUCUUGCUUAUCCCUCCAUCACUUUUUCUUCGGAGGACCACGCGCGCUGGCCUACGUUGCCAUCGACUUACUGUGGCCACUAUUCCUACACGAACAAAGAAAUUUGGCGACUCAUUUCUUUGUCGUACUAUUCGUAAGUGGAAUUCUUUACCCGCGCACGUGUUCCCUCCUUCCUAUAAUCUGGGGUCCUUUAAGAGAGGCGUGAAGAAGCAUUUUUGCGGGCCGGCAAGUUAAUAACUGCUGUACCAGCUAUCUUCGCGUUUGGACUUUAUCACCACUUAACAUCAGGUGGGGUAGAGUCAUUUGCCUACCUAGUAAUAUAAAAAAAAAAAAAAAAAAA